AUGGUCGGAGAUACAUACAACAUUUCCGGGGGGACGUUCAACCAGAGCAGCGGCGGCGGUGGAGGGCGGCGCGGGGGCCGUGGGUGUGGGCGUGGCCGGGGAGGCCUUCCUUCCCGAAAACAAGCUAAAAAGGCCCUCCGUCGGGUCCAGUGGCAGCUCCGGCUCCUGGGUCCUGGCGGAGCCGGCACCACCGGCGAGGACGGCGGCGGCGGCGACACCACCAAUCCUAGCAACAGGACAGACACCAAUCCUGGCAGCAGCAGCACCAAUCCUGGCCAUGACGGCGACACCUCCACCAAGGUAGAGGUAAAGGAGGAGGAAGACAGCGACGGCGGCGGCAUUACCAAUCCUGGCAGCGGCGGCGGCACCCAGGACGAGGACGAGGACGAGGAGAUGGAAGAUGUUCCUCGGGUUCGCAUCCCCCCUCCCGGCAAGAUGUUUGGGCCUAAGACCACCCGUUAA